GCUUUGCCCAGACAGAGAAUGGCACCGCUGCUGCUAAUUCCACUACAAUAUACCGAGGUGAAGGGUAUUUUCCUUUGUUCGGAAAAUUCCGAAGACAUUGGAGCUGGUCUAAAACAAGUUUUGUUUUUUUUUUCCUUCUUAUGCACCCUCUCUGUUGUUCUAAAUGGCUGCAGCCAGACGCCUAUGAGGGCACACAGCAAGGUGUGAUAAUUGUGUAGAGUGACAUUAGAUGGAGAGAUACAGUAUAGAAGGGAGGAGAGAAGCUGUCUCAUUUACAACCCUACACAGGCGCAGAGAAUGGUCUUGUAAAGCCUGCAGGCGGGGCUCUUCACUACUUUCCUCCAUGCACAGCAGUGACAGCAGCAGUACAACCAGAGACAAGCAGCUUCAGAGGCAAAGGUUCUUCUCCUCCUGCACCUUGACAACUAAAAAAAAGAGUCCGAUCAUUUCCUCACCUCUCUGCAACUCAAACAAAGGAAAAUCCAAUGGGAACGUCAUGUCUCUCUUGCCUUUUCUGGCUGUCUUUUAACGUCCAGCCUUUAAUCUGAUCCGAUGACAUCCCUUCAACCUGUUUACAGUGAGCCGGGGAGGGAUUAUUUUCAUUUGUGAUUAUUAGGAAGAGGAAGACCUAUGCCUUGGUGUAUUUGCAAUGAAGCAGAGAAAGAAAAUUUUAAAUGAGCAGCCGGAGUAAAGCUAACAGUUCUUACAAAGACAGUGGCACAAAAAGGGUGGAGCCCUCAUAUUUAUGUGGAUGUGCAGCAAUAGCUUACUAUAACUUUUCUGCUACCAGCGUGCACACCUAUGCUAGGCUGAGGACACUGCCCUGACCUGCAGGUGAAUUUCCAUGAUGAUUUAAUAGUGUCAGGUGCAGUAUACUUCGAAAGAAAGGCGAAACUUAAAACCAGAGAGUGUCAUUUGCAACAUAUUUGUAUUCUUGUCUCUUUUUGCUGCUUUUGUCUAGUGCACCAGGAUCAAGUGACAUGCACGGAAGAGCAAAUUUAUUUCUUUUUUAUUGACUGAAUGUUCUACUUGAAACAUGCAGUUAUCAUUUUACUCAAUAUUUUUGUUCUUCGGAGCUACAUUAGUGAGCAAUCAAAAAUUACAGAAAGAUCUAAACACUGUGCAAGGAGAUGGCUCAAGAUGGUGCCACGGUGUGUAUUCCUACUUUAACAAAGUUUCUUUAGGAAAGACAUCCAAUCAAACUUUUGACUGGAACUCUCCCCAUGAAGGUUAUUUUAGGAACCUUAUUUGUCAAUUCAUACAUGGGAGCUUAAGUAAACCUAAGGAACCUGUAUUGACUGAACAGAAGGUACACUGGCCAAGUGACAUGCAAGAAGCAGACAGAACUCCAUCACCAAAUAUGCAAUCUGAUACCUUUUUCUGGGAGCAUAGAAAGGUGAACAACACAUCCAUGGAAACCAGGUAUACUGAGCAACAAAAUAACAAGGAUCAGGUUAUGAUUCACAGACAGGCUAGAAAUAAAAGGGAAACAUACGAGUGGCAACGGAAGAAAGGCAAUGAAAACUCCAGUAAAUCCAACAACGAAAAAAAGUUCUAUGCGGACUGGAAUGAAACUUUACAAAGUCCAGUUGCAGGAAAAGAGACAGAACCGCAUGCCUUGUCCUUAAACGGAUCUAUUCCCUUUGCUGCAAAUGAUCUUAAAGUGUUUUCUGACAAUAUGGAGGUUAAUCAAGCAUUGGUACCUAAAAAUGCAACCAACAAUAAAAAAUUGCACAUAAAGAAUCCAUUUUAUCCAUUGACAGAAGAUUCAUAUGGUGCCUAUGCAGUUAUGUGUUUAUCUAUUAUCAUUUUUGUAAUUGGCAUAAUGGGCAAUAUGGCUGUAAUGUGUAUAGUCUGCCACAAUUACUAUAUGAGAAGUAUAUCUAAUUCACUUUUGGCAAAUUUGGCCUUCUGGGACUUUUUGAUUAUCUUUUUUUGCCUUCCACUUGUGAUAUUUCACGAACUUACUAAAAAAUGGCUACUGGAAGACCUGUCUUGCAAGAUCAUACCGUACAUAGAGGUAGCCUCCCUUGGAGUUACCACAUUCACACUGUGUGCCCUCUGUAUUGACCGUUUCCGUGCUGCCACAAAUGUCCAAAUGUAUUAUGAAAUGAUUGAGAACUGCACAUCAACAACUGCCAAGCUUGCAGUUAUAUGGGUGGGCGCACUUCUCCUAGCACUGCCCGAGGUUGUUCUCCGCCAACUGACGAAGGAUGAGUCUGCACUAAGUGCCAACACUCUCAGUGAGCGCUGUGUUGUUAAAAUUUCUACCGAUCUUCCCGAUACCAUUUAUGUUUUAGCUCUUACAUAUGACGGAGCAAGACUUUGGUGGUACUUCGGCUGUUAUUUCUGCUUGCCUACUCUCUUCACAAUUACAUGCUCAUUGGUAACAGCAAGAAAAAUCAAGAGAGCCGAGAAAGCUUGUACAAGAGGAAAUAAGCGUCAAAUUCAACUUGAAGGUCAAAUGAACUGUACUGUAGUAGCGUUAACAAUUUUGUAUGGUUUCUGCAUAAUCCCUGAAAAUAUAUGUAACAUCGUAACAGCUUAUAUGUCCACCGGGGUCUCCAGGCAGACUUUGGAUCUCCUUCAUCUGAUUAGCCAAUUUCUUUUGUUCUUUAAAUCAUGUGUUACCCCGGUCCUUCUGUUUUGCCUUUGCAAGCCUUUCAGUAGGGCUUUCAUGGAAUGCUGUUGUUGCUGUUGUGAUGAAUGCAUUCAGAAGUCCUCAACUGCAACAAGCGAUGAUAAUGACAAUGAAUAUACUACGGAGCUGGAACUUUCCCCUUUCAGCACUAUACGUCGUGAAAUGUCCACAUUUGCUUCUGUUGGGACUCACUGUUGAACUUAAAUGUUAAUAUUGACUGUAUUUGUAAAUAUUAUGUGAUACCCAUUUUAAAUGAUUUUUUUUAGUUCACAACUUUUUAAAAGAAGAAUUUGACUUGUGCAAGGUCAGUUUUGGUAUUCUAUAUUUAUUAUGUUUUAGGUCUCCUAACAGGGUACAUUUCCAAAAAUAAACUAUUAACUUGUUUUUGAACCUUAAAGAGUAAGUUCACCUUUAUAAAAUUUUGAUAUCUA